AUGAAAAUAAUAAAUUAUGUGUUUAUAUAUUUAUUUGUUUUAUUAGCAGUAAUAAUAAAUAAUAGCAAUAAUAGUGUAGAAGCUUUAAAUACAACAACAAUAAAUUAUUAUCAAAUUAGAAGAUAUGAAGAAAAGAAUUGUACAGGUAGAAUUAUGUCAUUUUUUGUAUUUUACGAGCAUAGUGUAUAUUCUGCAUAUUUAAAUAUAUUAUUUCAAUGUGACUCUAGCAACCCCGAAGAAGCUAAAUGUGCGAUGAUUAAUGGAUAUCCAACUGGGGAAACUGUAGAUUACGAUGACAGUAUAAUUACAAUUGAAAAGAACAAGUGUUUUAAAGGCUAUACAUUGGUAUACGAUACAGAAUUUAAUUAUGACGAAAAGAAAUAUUGUGUAGUAUCAGAAUAUUCAACGUAUGUAUAG